AUGUCCGGAUCUGUUAACAAGAAUCAGCCACGGGUGCCGUCAGAAAAGGUCGCGACUCCUCGAGCAAGCUCAGCUAUCACUAAAAGCACACCCUCAAGAACCAGUACGACCGCAAAUAGCGGACCGCUCAUGGCUCAAGCCUCUGGCGCGGGCGUGUCAACCUCCCCCUACCCCUCAGCCGCGCCCAGCAACACCGUCACGUCCAGCAACACCGUCACGUCCAGCAACACCGUCACGUCCAGCAACACCUUCACGUCCAGCAACACCGUCACGCCGAGUUCUGCGGUAUCUGUCCUAGAGGAGACCAAGACACCUGCAAGGGGCAGUUUAUCCUGGAAAGAUCUGCUCACUCUACUCAAAGCAGCGCAUAACCCCCGGUUCUGCCGCAAUAGGGCGACCGCUGACGCCUGGAUUAGACAGGGAGGCAAGGGCGACUCCUGUGCUUUAAUCGGCGGCUUUCCCUUUGUCGUGGAAACAACGUUCCCCUCCAGUCAGUACAACAAAUAUUUCAAAGGACUUCUGUAUGAAUACAUGGAAACGCCCUCGGUGACAAGCUGGAAAAAGCUGGAAGAGAUGCUCAGCGCAGUUGCGCGGACGACUCAGGAACGGGAGAAACUCUGUAAAGCCAUAUACGACGCCCUGUAUCAUGGCCUGGAGAACCUCCUGAACAGCAAUGAGGCGGGAGAUGUGCAUAUGAUCAUGGUUAAGGCAUCGAAGGGAUGGCGGGAUAAUGACCGUCUUUACGGACCCCUUGGCAAGGCUGGGAACUCAACGGUCUCUGCCCAGGACGUUUUGAAUCAGGUCUUCCAUGGGCAGACGCCAGCUAAGGAUCAAGAAAAGCCUCAGAAGGUGCGGGUGUUGGAUCCCUCAUCUUCGCUGGAUAGUGCACUCCUGUCAUGGUACUCGGCUAUUGUGCAUAUCUGCUUUAGAUCGGCGAUGAGCCAGCAAGCCAUGUCUUCAGCCAUAGCGUUCAAGAAAUCAGCACCGUUCGCCUCGCUCCUCCCAACGGUACCGAGAAGAGGGCAUGUGAAUCGUGUCGGUGUGAAUCGGCCCAUCCUCCACCAGCACUUUCCUUUUCGCACACCUACCGCAACGCAGCUCCGCCACCUCAGCGAGAAUCCCAAAUCCCGCGCCGAAGCCUCCGCCACCGCCUCAGAAAAAACAGCUUCAGCGAGGAAGGAAGGUCGUAUAUCCGUGCUUGAUCGCAUGGGUGCGAACAGGACGACCAAAAUCGUCAUCAUCGUCUUUCUCUCCGUCUAUGGGACCAUGGAGACGCUUUUCUACGCCAAUGCCGCUUACCGUUACUUUUCCAAAGAGGAUGCAUAA